UUUAAAAUUGGAAAUAAUCAUUUUUUAAAAUUAAAGAUCCGAUACUUUAACGAAGACAUUUCCUACGACUUGGAAUUAUCUCUCAAAAUGGCUGAAAAAAUAUAGCGAAAAUUGAAAACAGCGAAAACCUAUUUCGAGUCUAUUUUCACUCAGGUAAGCAACUUGUGUGGCAUAUCACGUGAUUUAUUUUGGAUUCUGAUUUUUAGAUUCAGCAACAUUUAAUUAUUCUGGAUUUACUUUUUUCCUCAAUUGUUCAAAGAUUUUCAUCGAAAAAUGGAUAACGAACCAUUUUCGAAUCCAUUAGCACCUCCAUCUGCUUUACCAUCCAAAACUGAAAAUCAUGCCGUCGAACGAUCACAACCAUUGACCAAUGAUGAUUUUCGUAAAUUAAUGAUGACACCGAGAUCUGUAAUGCACGGGCAAUCAGCAACACCUGGUUCAGUUCGUGGUUCGAUUCGAAACAAACAUGGCCGGUCUGGUUAUAAACCGAAAGUGGAACAAAGUGAAAAUAUUAAAAAGAAAAAAAAGAUAUACGAAAUGAUUCGAAAACAGGAUGGUGAUGUAUUAAAUGAAUUAGCGAAAAAAUAUCGCGAUCGAGCUAAAGAGCGAAGAGACGGAUCAAAUAUGGAUGCGGCUAGAAAUUCGGACAUAUUGACUAAUAGUACUGCUUAUCAUGCUGUUGGUCCGGAUAAUUUUGAUAUGGAUGCAACCGAACGACGAAAACAACUUAUACAGAAAUCAAAAUAUCUUGGUGGUGAUAUGGAACAUACUCAUUUAGUCAAAGGCCUUGAUUAUGCAUUGUUACAAAAAGUGAAAGCUGAAAUACAAACAAAAGAAGACGAGGACGAAUAUCUACGGGAACAGCAACAACAAGAAGAGGAGGCAAGAAAAGAAGAAGAAAGACAACAAAUGAAGAAAUAUUCGAAAAAAGAUUCCAGCACAUUCGAUGAUCAAGAUCGUUACGCAAUAAAAAAUAAAAAAGUUGAAAAUUUAUUGAAGAUUAUUUUCAAUGAAAAUCUACCCGAAAAAAAUGAAUUAUUUCGACAAGGAAGAAUGGCAUAUCAAUAUGAUCUAACCAAUGAUUUUCCCGAAAAUGAAAUACCAACCACUAUAAUUCGAAGCAAAGCUGAAUGUCCUAAUCUAGAUGCAUACAAUUCAAUCAGUACAAAUGAAAUUAUCAUGAAUAAAUUAAUUCAGAUUUGGACUCAUAUUAGGCAAGGAUCAAGUAAAAAACAACGAAGAAAAUUCGAAUCUUUACCCAGCUCAUCAAGGAAUGAAUCAUCAAUCAAACAGGACAAGACAAAAUAUCAAGAUGAUAACAUUUAUGAUGAUGUUGGUGAUUAUAUACCAGAUAUUAAAACAAAGCGAGUAUCAUCAUCAACUCGCGAAAACAAUGAUGGCAAACGUAAAUCAUAUUUUGAAUCUACAAAAAAAUUGAACAAAUAUGAAGAUCAUGAAAGUGGUAGUUCGAAACAAGCAGCAUUGGAAAUGGCUGCUUCGGUCGUUGGAAAUUUGGCUGCUUCGAAUAUGAAUACCGCCAUUCCUAAAAUUAAAAAAGCUAAACUACAACAAGAACCGGAAAGCUAUGCAGAAUGUUAUCCCGGUUAUGCUGAGAAUGAUGACGCUAUCAUCGAUACAGAUGAUGACGAUGAUGAUAAUGAUAAAGUCGUUAAGGGUAAAAAUCGACAAUCACAUAAUCGUUUUGAAUAUAAUGAUGAUGAUGAUGAUGGUGAUAAUGAAGAGAAAGAAAUGAAAUAUGGUAACUCUUCAAAAUCAUCUAAUGCAAACAAAACGAAACGAAUGAAAGAUGAAAAAGCUAAACUAGAUCGGGAAUAUCAGAAGAUUAAUGCAUUGAUUAAUAAGAAAAAACAAUCAGGUGAAAAGAUUGGAAUGUCAUAUAUUUCUGAACCUAAAAUUUAAUUCUAUUAAUUCGAU